GCUGAAGCAGCGGGUAUGGAUCGCAGCGGGUUGUGUUUCCGGAAGCGUUUUUGGGGAGGAUAUCCACGCGGCUCCAAUUUCAGGGUUGCGAUUGGGAACAGAACUGCCAAGGGGAAAGAAGAGUUCCGAAAGUAUCAUGCCGCAGCCAUUAAUGUGCCUGGCUUAUGUCCAGCAACUAGAAACAAGCUGUUUAAAACUGGUGCAACUGGAUCUGGAACUGGACAGGACUGGAAAACAGGUGAGUAGACAAAUCUUCACUUUUUGUCUGUGUAUCAUGCUCCAUAAAUAGUAAACCA